UCUAGUGUUUUUUCAGUGAAUUAUAAAAGCGGAUAAAAUAAAAUUUUUUGUGAUUUUUAUUGAAAAUUAAAAGAAAAAGAAAAUUGUAUUAUUGUUGUUGACCAGAAAUAACAAGAAAAAAAAAUAUAAAAAAUAAAAAAAAAAGUAAAUUGUAAGAAAAAUUUAAUACCUUAAUUUGGUCGACAGAUAAUUUCACCUUUAAAUGCUUGUAGUGCAUUUUCGGUAUACAGACUUAUACUUAAAUUGAAUUUUUAUUUAAUAAAUAAAAGAAAAAAAAACAGAAAAAACUUUUAUUUAAAAUAAAGUUUAAAUAAAUUGUUACUUACUUUCAAUCAUUCAAUUUUUUUAAUCUUCAGCCAUUUUGGUAUUUUAAAGUUUUUUUUUUGUAUUAAAUAAAUUCCCUUUAAAGUGAACCCGUAUAUGCUAUAGACUCAAAGAUUUUAAACAUUUUUGAAUUUAAAUUUUUGUCUUCCUCUGUUUAAAAACUAUUACUAAUGUAAAAAAUUUAAGAAAAAAUAUUAAAAUCUUUUCAAUAUUAAUAAAAUUAAAUAUUUUUUUGGAAAAAAAAAUUGUGCAUCUUAAUUAUUCUUAAAAAAAAAAAGUAAAAUAUUGUUGAAAUAAAAAUACAUUAAAGAAACUUAAAAACUAAAAGGUAGAAAAGAUUAAAAACAAAAAAAUCAGUGUUUAAAUAUUAAAAAAAAUAACAAACGAGAAAAAAAAAGUUUUAUUCUUAUAAGGGUUGGUUAAACAUAUAAUGGCCCCAAAAAAUAACUUUUUAGAAUCAGAAUGUGAUGUUGAUAAUAUCAAUAGUGAAGCAACAGUGAAUAAUGUUGUAACAGGAAAUAAUUUAAUUGAACAAGAAACUGAACAUAAUUAUAGUGUUGGUUACAUUCAAGUUACUGAAGAAAAUAAUAAUAAUUUUACAAGAAUUGAUACAUCUAUUACAACAACUGCUGAUUCAUUUGAUAAUAUUAUCAAUAAUAUAAACGAAAAUGAUUUUGAUACCGACAAUGAUUCAAACAACAGGAGCAACAACUAUCAUCAAAUCGAUAAUGAUUAUGAAGUCGAUGAAUAUAUCAAUAAUAAAAGACAACAAUUACCAUGGCAAGCACCAAAAGCUCAAGGAUUAUACGAUCCUGCAAAUGAACAUGAGGCUUGUGGUGUUGGUUUCAUCGUUGCUAUUGAUGGUAAAUCUUCUCACAAGAUUCUUCGUGAUGCCCAGACCUUGUCAGAACGGAUGAAUCAUAGAGGAGCUUGCGCAUGUGACAAUGACACCGGUGAUGGAGCUGGUGUUAUGUCUUCUAUACCGCAUGAACUUUAUGCAAAAGAAUUGGCAAAAUCGGGAAUACAGCUACCAGAAUUUGGAGGUUAUGCUACUGGUAUAUUUUAUUUGGAUGAAGAGACUCAUCAAGAAGCUGAAAAAGAGUUCGAUGAAUUGGCUAAAAGUUUAAAUUUAAAAAUUCUCAACUGGCGUACCGUUCCAACAAAUUCGGCAGCAAUUGGGCGUGUUGCACGUAAAAGUGAACCUUUAUCUCGUCAAGUUUUUGUUACAAGCGAAGAAACUGAUAAAGAUAAAUUAAAACGACAAAUUUUCGUUUUACGGAAACGUGCAACACAUGAACUAACAAAAGAAGGACGCCGUUUUUAUAUUUGUUCAUUAUCAACAAAAACAAUUGUUUACAAGGGACUAUUCACCUCUGACCAACUAUGGGAAUAUUAUACGGAUCUAUUAAAUCCUGAAUUUGAAACAUAUCUAGCAUUAGUACACACCAGAUUCAGUACAAAUACAUUCCCAUCAUGGGAAAGAGCUCAUCCGUUACGUGUUUUAGCACAUAACGGUGAAAUAAAUACUUUACGUGGUAAUGUAAAUUUAAUGAGAGCUCGUGAAGGUGUUAUGAAAAGUCAAAUAUUUGGUAGUGAACUAAAAAAAUUAUAUCCAGUGGUUGAGCCUGGUCUUUCAGAUUCAGGAUCAUGUGAUUGCGUAUUGGAAUUUUUGACUAUGGCUGGUCAGAGGACAUUACCAGAAGCUGUUAUGACAAUGGUUCCAGAAGCAUGGCAGAAUGAUAAAACCAUGUUACAAGAGAAACGUGAUUUUUAUCAAUGGUCUUCAUGUGUAAUGGAACCAUGGGAUGGUCCCGCUUUAAUAUCAUUCACUGAUGGACGUUAUAUUGGUGCAGUUCUAGAUCGUAACGGAUUACGUCCAUCACGUUUCUAUAUUACAAAUGAUAAUAUAUUGGUAAUGGCAUCUGAAGUUGGUGUUUAUGAUGUUGAUCCAUCAAAAGUUAUAUUAAAAAGCCGUUUAAAACCAGGCCGUAUGUUAUUGGUUGAUACACAAGAAAAGAAAUUUAUUCAAGAUAUUGAACUUAAAAAUAAAAUUGCCAGAGGUAGACCACAUUCUCAAUGGAUUAAAGAAAAGAUGUCUCUUGAUGACUUUCGAAAUGCUGAUUUAUUAAAUAACAAAAAUGCUAUCAACGGUGUAAAUGGAACUAUUGAAAAAAUUGAUCCAAAGAAACGUGGAAUAUUUGAUCCAAGAUUGUCAUUAUAUGGUUAUACUACUGAAACUGUUAAUAUGCUUUUAAUUCCAAUGUUCAAGAAUAAGAAAGAAGCUCUUGGAUCAAUGGGUAAUGACGCUCCUUUGGCUUGUUUGUCUAAUUUCCAGCCGUUGCCCUAUGAAUAUUUCAAGCAGCUUUUUGCUCAAGUUACCAAUCCACCAAUCGACCCAUUCCGUGAAAAAAUUGUUAUGUCUUUGCAAUGUCCUCUUGGACCCGAGGGAAAUUUACUUGAACCGUCAGCUCAGCAAGUACACCGAAUUUGGUUACACAAUCCAAUUCUAAGUAUUCCAGAUUUAGAAAUGCUAAAACGAACAUCAUAUCGGGAUUGGAAAACCAAAAUUUUAGAUGCAACAUUUCCAUAUCAAGAGGGAGUUGAAGGAUACUUAGAUUGUUUGAGACGUAUAUGUCUGGAAGGGCAGCAAGCUGUUGAAAAUGGUCAUCAAUUAUUAGUGGUAUCUGAUAGACAAGGUGGCCCCGAUCGGUGUCCAAUAUCGUCGUUAUUAGCUUUGGGUGCUUUACACCAUCAUUUAAUUGAAACUCGUAGCCGGAUGAAGGUUGGUAUUAUAGUAGAAACAGCUGAAGCUAAGGAAGUUCAUCACGUAUGCGUACUUUUGGGUUAUGGUGCUGAUGCGAUAUGCCCGUAUUUAACUUUUGAAUUGGCUAUGGCAUUACGCGACGAAGGUGUUAUCGAUCAAAACAUGUCGGAUAAAGAAAUAUAUGCAGCGUAUUCUAAAGCAAUUGAUACUGGUAUUUCAAAAGUUAUGGCUAAAAUGGGCAUCAGUACUUUACAGUCAUAUAAGAGCGCUCAAAUAUUUGAAGCUGUAGGGUUAGGUCCUGAUGUUAUCGAUACCUGCUUCCGUGGUACUCAAAGUCGUUUGGGUGGUGUUACCCUAGAAAUUUUGGCUAAAGAAGGACUAGAACGUUUUAAAUUAACUUAUGGGGAUUUAUCACCUGAUCAAAAAAUUUUGCGUAAUCCAGGUCAAUAUCACUGGCGCCAUGGUGGAGAACAUCACAUAAAUGAACCGGCUAGUAUCGCUUAUUUGCAAGAAGCCGCCGCUAACAACAAUAAGAGUGCUUAUGAAAAAUACAGAACAUCAGCUUUGGAUAAUGUUGAAAAAUGUACAUUACGCGGACAGUUAUCUUUUGUCACUGAUAGACAAAAAAUAGAUAUUUCUGAGGUAGAACCUGCAAGUGAAAUUGUUAAAAGAUUUGCCACAGGUGCCAUGAGUUUUGGCAGUAUUUCAUUGGAAGCGCAUACAACACUUGCAAUUUCAAUGAAUCGUAUUGGUGGCAAAAGUAACACUGGUGAAGGUGGUGAAAAUGCUGACCGUUACAUGGAUCAAGAUCCAGAAUUUAAUAAGCGAUCAGCUAUUAAGCAAGUAGCUUCAGGCCGAUUUGGAGUUACAGCUGCAUAUUUAGCUAAUGCUGAUGAUUUACAAAUUAAGAUGGCUCAAGGUGCAAAGCCUGGUGAGGGUGGGGAACUUCCUGGUUAUAAAGUGACAAAGGAAAUCGCGGAUACCAGGCACUCUGUUCCUGGUGUUGGGCUAAUUUCACCGCCGCCCCAUCAUGAUAUCUAUUCCAUUGAAGAUUUGGCUGAAUUAAUUUACGAUUUGAAAUGUUCAAACCCAAAAGCCAGAAUAAGCGUUAAGUUGGUAUCGGAAGUAGGUGUUGGUGUUGUUGCAGCUGGUGUCGCUAAAGGUAAGGCUGAGCAUAUAACAAUAUCUGGUCAUGAUGGCGGUACUGGGGCUAGUUCAUGGACUGGUAUUAAAUCUGCUGGAUUACCUUGGGAAUUGGGUAUUGCAGAAACCCAUCAAGUUUUAGUAUUGAAUAAUCUUCGCUCAAGAGUCGUCGUUCAAGCAGAUGGUCAAUUGAGGACUGGAUUCGAUGUUGUGGUCGCUGCAAUUUUAGGAGCUGAUGAAUUUGGUUUUAGCACAGCUCCAUUGAUUGUUAUGGGUUGUACCAUGAUGAGAAAAUGCCAUUUGAAUACAUGCCCAGUCGGUAUUGCUACACAAGAUCCAGUUUUACGUAAAAAAUUUGCUGGAAAACCCGAAGAUGUUAUUAAUUUCUUCUUUAUGUUGGCUGAAGACAUUCGCCAAAUUAUGGCAAAUCUUGGAAUAAAGAAAUUCCAAGACUUAAUCGGGCGUACUGAUUUGCUUAAACCGAAGGACAAGUGUGCUCCAAAAGCUAAACUUUUGGAUUUAUCACUACUUUUGAAAAAUGCAUUAGAACUUCGUCCAAAUACAAACAUAAUUGGAGGAUCAAUCCCUCAAGACUUUGGGUUAGAAAAGCGAGCUGAUAAUGAGUUGAUUUCCAAAUCGCAGCCAGUUAUUAACGGUACCCAAAACUCGGUAAACAUCGUCUCCCGAAUUAAUAAUGAGGAACGGGCUUACACAUCUACUUUAAGUUAUCAUAUUGCCUGUAAAUUUGGUGAGAGUGGUUUGCCAGAUGGUCGCAGUAUUAAUAUAACUUUAGAAGGCUCAGCUGGGCAAAGUUUCUGUGCUUUCUUAGCUAAAGGCAUUAACGUCACAUUAACAGGAGAUGCGAAUGAUUACGUUGGAAAAGGUUUGUGUGGAGGGACUGUUGUGAUUAAACCCCCUUCAACAGUGCCUUUUGAGUCUCAUCUGAAUGUUAUUGUUGGAAAUGUGUGUUUAUAUGGUGCCACUGCUGGUAAAGCAUUCUUUAGAGGAAUUGCUUCUGAAAGAUUUUGUGUUAGAAAUUCCGGCGUAGUAGCUGUUGUUGAGGGCGUUGGCGAUCAUGGUUGCGAAUAUAUGACUGGUGGUCUUGUGGUAAUUCUUGGUUUAACUGGACGUAAUUUCGCAGCUGGUAUGUCAGGUGGAAUUGCGUAUGUCUAUGACAUAGAUGGAAGUUUUAAACCCAAGGUUAAUCCAGAUAUGGUAGAUUUGUUGCCCCUAGAACAUGAAGAAGAUGUCAAAGUUGUCAAGGACCUGCUUGACGAAUUUAUAGAGAGAACUGGAUCAGCUGUAGCAAAGCAAAUUGCAGAUAAUUGGUCUGUAGAAAAAGCUAAAUUUGUUAAAGUUUUCCCACAUGAGUAUCAACGAGCUUUGAAGGCAUUAGAAAUUGAAAAAGCUGAGAAAGUUUCAAACAAAGCUGUCGCAAACGGUAAUAUUCCACAUGAACCUACCAUUCAAGACAUUGAAGAAGCUAUUCGUGAUAUCGAAUUAGAAAAGAAAAAAGUUGAUCAAAUACUUGAUAAAACCCGUGGAUUUGUCAAAUAUAAGCGAGAAACUGCAAUGUAUCGAAAUGCUGGUGAACGUCAAAAAGAUUGGGAUGAAGUGUAUAAUUUCCCACAUGUUCGGAAAUAUUUAAAGGUUCAAGCAGCACGAUGCAUGGAGUGUGGUGUUCCAUUUUGCCAAUCGAAUGUGCACGGUUGCCCCUUAGGAAAUAUCAUUCCAAAAUGGAAUGAUUUAAUUUUCCAUGGGCAAUGGAAAGAGGCUCUAAAUCAACUAUUGCAAACAAACAAUUUCCCCGAAUUUACAGGCCGCGUUUGCCCGGCGCCUUGUGAAGGUGCUUGUGUUUUGGGCAUUUCUGAGCCUCCAGUUACAAUUAAAAAUAUUGAAUGCGCUAUUAUCGAUCACGCAUUUGAAAAUGGCUGGAUCAAACCAGAAAUCCCUACAAAUCGCAGUGGUAAGAGAGUAGCUGUUGUGGGAUCAGGACCUUCUGGUUUGGCAGCAGCCCAACAACUAAAUCGUGCUGGUCACUUAGUAACUGUAUUUGAAAGAAAUGAUCGUAUUGGUGGACUCUUGCAAUACGGUAUACCAACCAUGAAGUUGUCCAAAGCAGUUGUGCAACGACGUGUGGAUUUAAUGGCUGCUGAAGGUAUUGAAUUCAAAACAAAUGUUCAUGUUGGAAAAGAUCUCAAAGCUGAAUCUCUUUUAAACGACUUCGACGCGGUGCUUCUUACUACUGGAGCUACCUGGCCACGUGAUUUGCCUUUGCCAAAUCGUGAUCUUCAGGGUAUUCAUUUUGCAAUGGAAUUUCUUGAAUCUCAACAAAAGAAGCAAUUGGGUGGUAAACAAGACAACAUUUCAGCUGAAGGCAAAGAUGUUCUUAUUAUAGGUGGCGGUGACACCGGCUGUGACUGUAUCGCUACUUCGUUGAGACAAGGAGCUAAAACGAUUACAACAUUCGAAAUCUUGCCUACUCCCCCAAAUACGAGAGCUGGAGAUAAUCCUUGGCCACAGUGGCCAAAAGUAUUCAGAGUUGAUUAUGGUCAUGAAGAAGUCAAAGUUAAAUUUGGAAAAGAUCCAAGGCAAUAUAGCACAACAACAAAGGAAUUUAUUGGCAAAGAUGGCCAUAUAACUGGUGUUAAUACAAUUCAAGUUGAAUGGACUCAAAGUCCAAAUGGACAAUGGAGUAUGAAGGAAGUCCCUGGAACAGAAAAGUAUUAUCCAGCUGACUUGAUAUUGUUAGCGAUGGGUUUCCUGGGACCUGAAAAGACUGUUCCAAAUGAAUUAAACUUGGAUUUAGAUAAUCGUGGUAACAUUAAAGCUGUUAACGGUCAAUAUGGGUCGUCUAAUCCAAAAGUAUUUGCGGCUGGAGAUUGCCGUCGCGGUCAAUCUCUUGUAGUUUGGGCAAUAACAGAAGGCCGUCAAGCAGCACGUCAAGUUGAUUCGUAUUUAACAGGCCGUCCAAGUGGAUUACCUGGUCCUGGUGGUGUUAUUGAUCCAGCAAGGUCGCCAUAAUUUGUUUUUAUUUAAAAACUGAUAUUUUUACAUACAACUUUGUGUUUAUGAUUUAAAACAUACACAUUCACUUUUAAAAUGUAAUACGUAUAUUAUAUUAUAUUUAAUUAUAUAUUUUUU